UUCUUUAAAUCUGAAACACUGUCCUUGAGCUGCCUAGGAGUUACCCCAGGCCAGGGCAUCUGAGAUCUCCCUCCUUGAGUUUGCAGGGAGUUGUUUUGCUGCCUCGUGGGAGGUGUUUUUGUAUGGUGGCAUUGGAAGCAACCAGCCCCAUCCCACACGCUGGAGCCAGCCAAGUCCUUCCCACCUGGGCCCGGAGGAGGAACUCCGAGGCAGGCGAGCUAGGUUUGCAUAUCCAGUCCAGGUGCUUUGGAGGGUAGAUGGGGCCCUGCAGCCUGCUUUGGAGACUCUCUGCCUGGCUACUAGUCCUGAGAUGCCAAAAGAUGAGCACCAGUGCCCUGAGUAAAAACCGCAGCUGCAUCUCCUAUCGAUCUGAUGCCCGGAUGAAUGGUAUUGAGCUUCUCAAGGGCUUGAUUUUGGAGGACCGCCACAACAGAACCAUCCAGUGCCCUCCCAACCAGUGCUGCUUUGGUAUCUGGAACCUGACCCAAGGACAUCUCCAAGCCACAUUGCAAGGUUGCUGGUUUAAAGAUACCUGCUAUUCUGCAGCCAGUGAGUGUCAAUCUUCCAGGGAUGCCAAAACGGUUAUUUUGACCUGUAGCUGCAGCUCUGAUUUGUGUAAUGCUAACAUCAGCCAUGUUGGGCCUGGAAAGAGGCAGGUAGAAUCUGCGCCUCUGUCCAGUGGGAACAUCUGGAUCAUUACCUCCUGCAUUCUUCUGCUCUUCCUGGGCUGUCUGGCGUUUCUAGUUCUAAGACGGUGGAAAGUCCUUGCUGUGCUCCUGAGCCCAGAAGAAAGCUGUGAGCUCACCGAGGUCACUAUGAGCUCGGAGCCAAGAACCGAGAGGCAAGUGCCCAGACAGGAGCUUCCAGAUCUCCAGUUCCUUCAGGUUCUUCAUGAGGGGCAGUUCUCCAAGCUGUGGCAAGGAACAUUCCGCCAGCAGCCUGUGGCCAUCAAAGCCUUCCCCGCUUUGUGCUACCGGCAAUUUGCCUCCGAGUGGGCUGUGCACAGCCUCCCGCUGAUGAGCCAUGACAAUGUGGUGCAGUUUGUGGCUGCCGGCUGUGGAGGACCACACAGAGAACAGGGGGGCCUCCUGGUGCUGAAGCUGUACCCGUUGGGGUCCCUCCGGCAUUUCCUCAUGCAGCAUGUUUGUUCCUGGGACGUCACUCUCAAGCUAGGGUCCUCCCUUGCCAAGGGCCUUGCUUUCUUACACAAGGAGCUGUGGAAGGAAGGCCUGCAUAAACCUGGGGUGGCACACCGAGACCUGAGCAGCCAGAAUGUGCUGGUGCGGGAGGACAGGACCUGCGUCAUCACGGAUUUCGGCCUCGCCAUGACUUUGCCUGCGCGCCACCAGGCGUGGAGAGAGGGCCCCGCAGAAGGCAUUGUCCGCAAGGCAGGGGCUCCACGCUACAUGGCUCCUGAAAUUCUGGACGAGAGCUUGAACCUGCAAGACUUGGGCUCGGCGCUGAGACAGGCUGACGUCUAUUCCCUGGCACUGGUGCUGUGGGAAAGCCUGAUGAGAUGUUCUGCACUCUUCCCAGAAAACAGGGUCCCUGAGUUCCAGCUGGCCUAUGAAGCAGAACUGGGCAGCAACCCUACAUAUGGUCAACUGCGGAGUCUGGCUGUCGUGGAAAGGGGUCGGCCGGCCAUUCCAGCUGCUUGGAGGAGAAUUGGGCAGGCUGCUGUCUGUCUACAGGAGCUCCUCGAGGACUGCUGGGAUCCUGAACCAGAGGCUCGCUUGCAAGCUGAAUGUGCCCAGCAGAGGCUGCAGAGGCUGUAUGCUGAGGGCCUCGUGAAAGAGUUGUGACGAGGCUGAAACGCAUUAUGCUUCACAGUCUGUUUACCUAGACAUCAUCCUUUGCUUAAAAUAGUUGUUUUGCCUUUUGUCAAGAAUAAGCGGCCACGAAGGAAAGUCCCACCAAGCAUGGCUUCUCACCAUGGCUUUGGACCUCAUCAGAGUGGAAUAGAUGUGUUUCUUUUCCUUUGGUUUUUAUAAACCUUGUCCACUUAAUCAACUCAAUGAGCUCUGUCCACUUAGUCAACUUGAAUUGCACUUGUUUACCAGGGGGUCCCAACCUGCACCUUCCUCUCUUGUCUCAUUUAGCCAUUCUUGGGCUCUCAAUCACUCAAAUCUUCCCAUUCCUACACCACUUCCUGCAGCACUGCAAAGGCCAUUUAUAUACAGUACAAUGAUUUGGGCUGCGAAUCCUAGGCACAUUUUCCUAGGAGUAAGGAUCACUGGGACUUAACUUCUUAGUAGAUCUACAUAGGACUGCCAUGUAAGACGCCCAAAUGAAGAAACUGGUAUUGGGCACAGAAUUCAGUAUCCUAAGAAUGUCUAAACAAAAUAAAAAAAAUUCCUUCCAGUAGCACCUUAGAGACCAACUAAGUUUGUCAUUGGUAUGAGCUUUCGUGUGCGUGGACACUUCUUCAGAUACCUGAAUGCCUGUUUUUCGGUCAAGCAAAAUACAAGUCCCUAUCCUUUCAUGCAGUUAAAAGGAUAUGUGCAAUGGCUAGUUAAGGGAGGGCUGAUGAGUGGGCUUCAGUGCUCAGUGGAGCUUCUGGCCGCUCUUUGUCCAGCAGAAAUAAAACAAAUAAAUGCAAAUUUGCCACACACACAAUAAUAUACAAGCCAUUGGGCGUGAAACCCCAGAUAACUGCUGCCAGGACUUCAAAGUCCUUCACAUAUUGCUGGUACUCAAAGGUUUGGCAAACUGCCCUCUUUGAAAAGGUAUCUCGUAAGCUAAACGUGUCUAAAGGGCAGAGCUCGAAUGACCAUUUUUUGCUAUACGACAUGAUUUUAUUUCUUAUACAAAUAUUGAGGCACAUUGUCCCCCAGUAUCACUGGUAUAUGCAAAAUGCCGGGCUCAUCUGAGACUUUGUAGAACCUUUAUUCUUAAUAAUGAUGGAACUCCCAGGUGGAGAAUACUUUUAUUUUUAUAUAUCUUGUAAAGGGAAUCUUUAUAUGAGCCAGUACUUUAUUAUUAUCCCUCUGAAACUGAGCUGCAUCUUUGUGCUUUUGUCCCUCCUGGCUGUGACGUUUUUAUGGUUUACAUUUUUUAUUCUUUGUUUUCUCCCUCUUUUUGUUAUGUUUGCACUUUUUAAAACAAAAUCAAUAAAAUAUAAAAUAUACA